AUGGCUGCCGAACCAAGCACAAUCCAGCCGGACGAGCCCUCCUAUAUCGACUACGAAGCCUUCCUCUCUCCCGACUUCUCUCCCGCCCAGUUUGCCAACACGCUCGUCGUGUCGACCAACAACCCCAACGACACACCACUCGAUCUCUCCACGCCGCUGUCACGAGUUCUUUUCGACGCGCAAGAGGUCGACUCGCACAUCGACCUGCUGACCACCCGUUCCGCGGUCCCCUUGUUAGAAUACACACGGGCGCAAAACGAGGCCAGCCAGCGCAUUGUUUCAGAGCUCGACACCCAAAUCAAGAGCCUCGACGACAGCUACAAGCAAUUGGAGAGGGAGGUUAUCGACAAACAUGCCGAGGCAGAUGAAGUUCGACAAGUUGCCCUACGACUGUGGGAGACACUACGUCUCGGUAGAUCCGUUGGUCGCUGUCUCCAGCUCGGACGCCAGUUGGAAGUCCAACAGUCCGAGCUAGGCGGCCCUGGAAGCAAGGAAGAUCACGGAGCACUCGUUCGAUGUUCAUACACUAUCCUGUCUCUCCGCGAGGUUCUUGAUGCUACCGGACCAGGCGAGGAAGGCCACGGCCUGGGCAAAGUCGAUGCCAUCCGCUCUCUCCAAGAUGCUGUCAUUUCGCCCAUUGAGCGAUCCGUCCGCGAAACAGCCGAGAGGUUCGUACGCGAGUUCUCCAUCCCCAACAACACAACCUUUGCCCAGGGGGAAGAAGCAAAAGCCAAGCUAGAAUCCGCCAUGGCAGCCUUGUAUCUCCUCUCGCCCACACACGGUGUCAAGCCCGACCGCUGGUCGCCGCGCCUCCUCCUCACCGCCCUAGACAACUACAUUCGAUCGGCCCUCCAAACGAGCAUCACCUCGCUGUCUCGUUCCCUCGGACAACUCCCUUCUCUAGACCGGGCCUUGUACGACGUUACGUCCAAGUGUCAAAACAUUAUUGCCCUCGAAAUCAUCCUGCACGCCACCAAACCCCCUGCUCACCCGCUACUCCCGGCGGCAUCACCCCACAAGCAUCCAAGCCUCAUCCAGCCGCUCCUUGCUCAUCUCGAAACGGGAUCCUUGGCAUCGUACUUUUGGCGCACCAUUGCGAGCAGUCUGGCCUCUCGAGUUCAGGACAUUGUUAACAGAGGUGGCGUUGUUGCCCGAUCACUGAAGUCGAAUAAGGCCAACGUCGGGGAUGCUAUUCGCCAGGCUGUGAUUAACGGCUCGCAGCCACCGGGAGCGUUUGCCACGGGGCGGAAUAAGGAGAAGGCCGCGGAGGCGAAUUGGGAUAGGGAGAUUGCUGUCAUGGUGGGGAGCGUGACGAAUAAUUUGCGAUGA